AUGUCUACAAGCUUUGAACACUCUUCCAUGAAGAGCAGCUUCUCGCUGUCAUCUCUUAGAAGUGCGCCCGCGCCGCCUGGUGGCCGCUGUGAACAACUUGAGCGGCCAUAUCACAGUCUCACCAAAAAGAGGAAGGAACCAUGUCGAGAAGCCUGGCGUCGCAGCUGGGGCUCAGCGGCGAGUGGUGGCAGCGCCGGAGACGAUCUAUGGCCGUUGCUGCAACACCACUAUGAUUAUAUAAUGGACAACCAAAUAAUUGAUAGUUGCAAGGAAGCAAACAGCGAGCUCCAAUCCAACACGACGUCCACAAAUGGACCCCGGCUUCUAAACCCGAUAUCGGGGUUCAACAGGCAGUGGUCACUGAACCAACUGAUUUCGGAGUUUAGUGAACUAUGUCAGUGGCUAACACACGUACACGUAGAGAUAUAUUCUAGUCCAGAGAACUUGUCCAACAGGAAACUUAGGAUGAGUCGCAUGACCGAGCUGUUGUCAAUAGAACCGCGCCGCGCCAAGUUUAUCGAGCAGGCCAAUGCUAUACUUGAACGUAUACCUGAAGCCAGUGCUGAAGUGACGUGGCGGGUAGAACAUUUGAAUGCAAAAUGGGAGAGUCUCCGCCUGCUACUUAAUCCUGAGCAGCAAUAUAGGGAAGGAGACAGUUCUGAUGCAGUUGACACAGCUCAUGAGAUGCGAUGUCUGCGUCGGUGGCUUCAUCGCAUGGAGGAUCGUCUACCACCACCCUCACUCUCCGCAGCCAGAGGAGAACCUUACCACGAGUUGUUGAGAAAACUCAGCGAGCAUAAGUCAUUCCCUUUAUUAAAGCAACACAUUCUGAGAAAACCUACAUUCUUGAAAGUCUUCCAUAAUUGUUACGAAAGUUGGAAAACCUGCCAACACUCACAACAUUAG